AUGAGGCAGCACUGCGGCAAGGGCAAGGGCGGGUGUUGCUACUGGUGCUACGUGCUAGUUUUCUUCAACUUCGUAUUUUUCUUCGCGCUGUUCCUGAAGUUCAUGAUGACAUCCCCCAUGCCCCUCGAGAACUGGCACUGGCAGUACGAGAGGUUCCCUCCCCUCUUGAACCAGUUGUGGGUGCAGGAUCCCGGGGCCCACCAGGGCUUCUCCAUCGCCAUGUCAGAUAUUCCGCAGACGUGGAGUGGCUGCAACCACUCUUGCUCAAGAGGGUGGAAUGGCAUGAUCUCCACCGAGAUGAACUUCAACGUGGAAAUGUCAUUGACCGCGCCCAACUUCGAGCACACGGCGUACCCGGUGCUGAUCGCCUCCAACGAUUUCGAGAAGUGGUGGAUCGCUUCCGACAGGCUGGACUCGACCCCGAUCGAAUUUUGCCAGCACGGACGCCGAGGAGGCACCAGUGUACCAGUACAUCACGGACAAUUGUACCCGGCCGCCUUUCGAGACUGA